UUGACGUUGAGAAUAGAAGAAGUAGUAGUAGUAGUAGUACAGAAUUGAGAGAAUAAAUAGAAGAGAUGGUGAGCAAAGUAGCGUUGUUAGGAUUGGCGGCGGCGAUGAGUGUCCUGAUGAAAGUGUCCUCCCAAAACUAUGGAGAUGCAUUGACCAAAAGCAUUCUCUUCUUUGAAGGGCAGAGGUCAGGGAAGAUACCUUCCACCCAAAGGGUUACUUGGAGGAAGGAUUCUGCUCUUCUCGAUGGCUCUUCUAUUGGCAUGGAUUUGGUUGGAGGUUACUAUGAUGCUGGAGACAACAUCAAGUUCAAUUUUCCAAUGGCAUUCACAACGACCAUGCUUGCUUGGAGCGUACUAGAAUUUGGUCCCCUCAUGGGCUCAGACUUGGAACAUGCUUUAGAGGCCAUUCAAUGGAGUACAGACUACUUGCUUAAGUCCACUAGCGUCCCUGGCACAGUGGUUGCUCAGGUAGGGGAACCCAUCAGCGACCAUAAUUGCUGGGAGAGACCUGAAGAUAUGGACACUCCUAGAACCACUUACGUUGUUAAUCAAACCCACCCCGGUUCUGAACUUUCUGCUGAGAUUGCUGCUGCACUUGCUGUCUCUUCCUUGGUGUUCAAGACUACCCAGGCCAAUUAUUCUAAUAUCCUUCUCGAAAGAGCAUCCUCGGUCUUCGAUUUCGCCGAUAAUUUUCAAGGAUCUUACGAUGGCAGUGUUGGGCAGGGGGUGUGUCCAUAUUACUGCGAUUACAAUGGUUACCAGGAUGAGUUGUUGUGGGGAGCAGCAUGGCUGUACAAGGCAACUAACGAUGGAAAAUAUUGGGAUUAUAUUCUAAAGAACGCUAGCAACUCAGCAUCCCCAUUUGUAUACAGACGAGCAAGUGUGGAUUCCAUCGGCAAUAACUUGUCGGAGUUUGGAUGGGACUCGAAAGAAGCUGGCAUUAACAUACUUGUUUCCGGGGUAAUUAAUAACAAUCAAUCAGUAAACACUCCCAACGAAAAACCCUUCACUGUUAAUGGGGACAAUUUUGUGUGUUCUAUAUUGCCAGAAUCGCCAACCAAAUCCGUCACAUUCUCUCCAGGUGGGCUCCUAUUUAAAUCUGGAGGAACCAACUUGCAACAUGCAACCUCUCUAUCCUUUCUUCUGAUAGCUUACGCUCGCUAUUUGGAGAAAGCUAAAAGAGGGGUUUCUUGUGGCAACGUGGCCGUUACUCCUGCCAGGAUUAUUAACUUCGCCAAAGGCCAGGUGGAUUAUAUACUAGGAAAAAAUCCAUUAGGAAUGUCGUACAUGGUGGGAUUCGGCGAAAAGUACCCUCAAAGAAUUCACCACCGUGGCUCUUCCAUACCCUCCGUCGAUAAGCACCCUGGGCAUAUUGCAUGUCAUGAGGGAACGUCGUACUUCGAGAGCAAGGAUCCAAAUCCAAACUUGCAUGUAGGGGCUGUUGUUGGAGGACCUGAUAGUAAUGACCAAUUCUCUGAUGAUCGAACUAAUGCUGCUCAAUUAGAACCUACCACAUACAUCAAUGCACCCCUUGUUGGAGUCUUAGCUUACUUCAAAUCACUUCAAUCCCGAUCAGAAAUUACCCAUUGAUUAUUUUAGCUUCUUUUUCGUUUCCCACCAAAAUUAGGAAAAAUAAUUGCACAAUCCAGUGCAUCAUGUGAUCAAUAUCAUUAGCAUAAUAUGUUUGAUACACUGAAUCAAUGAAAUAACAGCAUGUCAUUUCUUAUCAACGCCAUCUCACGUAAACGCUGACCUGUUCAUCCCAACUUACACCAAGCA